AUGGAGUAUUCAGCUUUACAUAAUCAGUAUAGAAUAGAUAAAACGAUUGGAUGUGGAGGAUUCGCCAAAGUAAAAUUAGCUACUCACAUUUUAACAGGAGAAAAAGUGGCCAUUAAAAUAAUGCUCAAGCAAACAUUAAUGGAUGAUUUACCAAGGGUCAAACAUGAAAUAAAAGCUUUGAAGUCUCUUUCCCAUCCUAAUAUAUGUGAUCUCUAUCAAGUUUUAGAAACUGAUACUCACUAUUUUCUUAUUAUGGAAUAUUGUGACGGAGGAGAAUUAUUUGACUAUAUUGUUGAAAAAGAAAAAUUAUCUGAAAAUGAAGCUAGAAAAUUUUUUCAACAAAUUGUUUUAGCAGUCAGUUAUUUACACAAUGAAGGCUUUGCACACAGGGAUUUAAAACCAGAAAAUAUUUUAUUAGACAAAAAUCAUAAUUUGAAAUUAAUUGACUUUGGACUUUCCGUAAAACCUGAAAACGAUGCUAAUUUAUAUACAUCAUGUGGUUCGCCAAAUUAUGCUGCUCCUGAGCUUAUAAAAGGAGAAAAAUAUUUAGGACAUGAAAUUGAUAUUUGGAGUUUGGGUGUUCUUUUAUAUGCACUUUUAUGUGGAUGUUUACCAUUUGAAGAUGAAAGCAUUCAAAAAUUGUAUGAAAAAAUUUUAAGUGGUUAUUAUGAAGAAAAAAAAUGGUUAUCUGCAGAGAGUAAAUCACUCCUUAAUUCACUUUUACAAGUUAAUGCGAGAAAAAGAAUUACUACAAGUAAAUUAAUAGCUCAUCCUUGGUUUAAAAAAGAAUUUGAUAAAAUUGACAGUGGUCAUACCAUUCCUAAAAUAAUUAACGAUGCUGAAGUUUUACAAUUAAUGUCAUCUCAUUUUAAUAUGUCACCCGAGGAAAUAUGGGAUGAAAUAACAAAGGAAAAAUAUGAUUACAUCAUGGCAACAUACUUUAUAUUAUUAAACAAGAAAAGAAAUAAUGAAGUUUUGACUAUUGGUAAUAAUACUACUUUGAAAAAAAGGGCACACUCUGCUUCAUAUAGACAAGCAGUUGAAAAAUGGGAAAAAAACCAAAACCAAACCAUGAAAAAAACCGAAACGUAUAUUAUGAACAAAGAAGUAACCGAUAAAAGUAUGGAAAAUCGAGAAAGAACCAGAAAAAAUUGUAAGCGAUUAAGGAGUCCGGGAAUCGGAGAAAAAAAUGGUCCCGAACCUAAAAGAAUUAAAGAAAAUGUUACGCCGGUAUUAAAAAAAAUAUCAAAUUCGAAUGACAAAACUCCGAUGUCGGCUAAAAAACUUUUGGUUGGAUUAGAAAAAAGUUUACACAAAGCAAAAUCAGCUCUUACUCCGAAAAGAAAAAAUUAUUUGACUGAAAAUAUCCAGCCAGUUAUUUUAUGGGGUAAAAACUAUUCAAACGUUUCAACAACCACAAGCAAAUCUCCGGAAGAAACACUUCUCAAGUUGCAAAAUACAUUAAAAGAAAAAGGGAUUGCUUGCAGAAAAAAAGGAUUUGUAUUGAAAGGAAAAUUAAAAAAGUUAUCUACUGACAAUAAAAAUAAAAAAGAUGAAGAUAAACUCUCAUUCGAAUUGGAAGUUUGUUGGAUUCCCUCUGUUUCUUCUUCAAUAACCAAAAAUAUGACAAAAUUUAAAAAAGAUGAUUGUUUAAAAGAGGCGGUCGUUGGAAUAAGAAGAAAAAGAUUACAUGGUGAUGCUUGGAUUUAUAAAAAUGUAUGCGAGGAAGUUCUUGCAUUAGCAGCUCCUCAAAAAAAAACUAUAGACAAAAGUCAUUAA